CCGCCACCGCCUGCCCACGCCGCGGGCUCCCACGGCCACGGUCCUUGCUGGCCCAUGAAGUGACCCGGGCGGGUGGCACAGCCCCUGCUCCUGCCGUAGCCACCGCUGCCACACCAGGCACUGAGGUCUGCUGGCCAUGGGCAACCUGAUAAAGGUAUUGGGCAAAGAUUUAGAAAACUGUCCUCAUUUUUUCCUGGAUUUUGAAAAUGCGCAGCCCACGGAGGCCGAGACGGCGGUGUGGAACCAGGUGAACGCCGUGCUGGAGGAGGCGCAGACCAUCCUGGCCGAGCUGCAGUCCUACACGGGCGCCGGGCAGGAGAUCCGAGAGGCCAUCCAGAACCCCGGGGACCUGCGGCUGCAGGAGCGCGCCUGGAGCGCCGUGUGCCCCCUGGUCGCCAAGCUGAAACGCUUCUACGAGUUCUCCCUGCGGCUGGAGAACGCCCUGCGGAGCCUGCUGGAGGCGCUCACCAGCCCCCCGUACGCCCCGACCCAGCACCUGGAGCGGGAGCAGGCCCUGGCCAAGCAGUUCGCCGAGAUCCUGCACUUCACCCUCAGCUUCGACGAGCUCAAGAUGACCAACCCUGCCAUCCAGAACGACUUCAGCUACUACAGACGGACCAUCAGCCGGAACCGCAUCAACAACCUGCAGCUGGAUGCAGAGAGCGAGGUGAACAACGAGAUGGCCAACAGGAUGUCCCUGUUCUACGCCGAGGCCACCCCCAUGCUGAAAACCCUCAGCAACGCCACCACCAAGUUCGUUUCGGAGAACAAGACCCUCCCGAUCGAGGACACGACCGACUGCCUGAGCACCAUGGCCUGCGUGUGCAGGGUGAUGCUGGAGACCCCGGAGUACCGGAGCCGCUUCACCAACACCGAGACCCUGCUCUUCUGCAUGAGGGUGAUGGUUGGUGUCAUCAUCCUCUACGACCACGUCCACCCCGUGGGGGCCUUUGCCAAGACCUCCAAGAUUGAUAUGAAAGGCUGCAUUAAAGUCCUGAAAGACCAACCCUCAACCAGCACCGAGGGGCUCCUGAACGCUCUGAGGUACACCACUCGGCACCUCAACGACGACACCACGUCCAAACAGAUCCGGGCCCUGCUGCAGUGAGGGCGGGGCCGCAGUCACCGUGUCACCCAUGACCAUACAGCUCAUUUUGUACCGAGGGAAAAGGGACAGCGAGGAACGCACAGAAAUGCUACAAACAAAUCAAAACGGGCCCGGGCUCCUGCCCCCCUCCCCUUCCCCUUCCCGCCCCCAAAUCAGCACCUGCUCCUGGACACGAGGUGUGGGUGGCACCGUGGGGACACGGGACAGAGGCCAGGCAGGAGAGACCCGGGCAAGGCAAUGCUGGUGGGGCUGGCAGCACGGUGCCCAUGGCACGGGGGCACCCUGGGGAGGGGGCAGGUGGUGCCCCUGUCCCCAUCCUGGUCCCCAAGAGGAGGAGGAGGAGGAGGAGGAAGAGGAGGAGGAGAAGGAAGAAGUAUCCCUGUGGAUCUGCACUGACUCUAGAGGAAACGGCUCAGUCUCACCUGGUAGAUUUUUAAUAUGAGCAAUUAAAUCCACACUCACCUCUUCUUUUCUACAUUUUUUUUUUUUGGGUGUGAAAUAAAAUGACAUUUAAUCUGUU